GGAAGAAAGCUCAAGUGUCAACAAAAACUCGAUUAAUCACUGCUCUAUGUGCAAGUCAAGAUAACAGUAAUCCAUAUCAUAUACAUUUAUCACGUAGGUGCAAGCAUAUUGGCACGCAGUCAUUUAUAAUAUCUUGCCUUGGCAGAAUUUAAAAGUACAAUGUUUUUAUGCGGAACAUUCAUUAAAUGCUACACUUGCUAUUAGAGUAAGUUAGAGUAUAGGCAGUUGUCAAACACGUUUUGUUGUUUGUGUAAACUUUUAGGAGGCUAUAAUGAAAGCGUAAAGUUGCCAUGGGAACUGAGGGAAAGGUGAUCAAGUGCAAGGCAGCAGUUGCCUGGGAAGCCGGUAAGCCACUGUCCAUUGAGGAAGUGGAGGUUGCUCCACCCAAAGCCCAUGAAGUGCGCAUUAAGUUAGCAGCAUCUGGAGUAUGCCACUCAGAUUGGUCUUACCUGUAUGAAGCUGAUAAAAUGAGUCCCCGGCCUUUUCCUUUGGUCCUGGGACAUGAGGGGGCUGGAGUGGUGGAGAGUGUUGGACCAGGUGUGACAAAGGUGUCCAAAGGAGAUAAAGUUAUUCCUCUGUUCCUGCCACAGUGUGGACUAUGUGAGUGGUGCCUGAGCCCAAAGACAAACCUCUGCACUAAAAACUGGCAGAAUACUCAACAAGGUGUUCUUGCAGAUGGCACUAGCAGAAUCACAUGCAGAAAUCAACAGGUUCAUCAGUUUAUUGGUAUCAGCACCUUCUCUGAAUACACUGUUGUGCCAGAGGACAAUGUCACCAAGAUUCACCCAGACGCUCCACUGGACAAAGUUUGUCUGCUGGGCUGUGGGGUAUCUACUGGAUAUGGGGCAGCAGUGAACACGGGCAAAGUAGAAGCUGGUUCUACGUGUGCAGUGUUUGGUUUGGGAGCUGUCGGGCUGGCAGCUGUCAUGGGAUGCAGGGCCGCUGGUGCCACCCGGAUUAUUGGCAUUGACAUCAAACCGAAAAAGUUUGAGAUUGCAAAGACAUUUGGAGCAACUGAGUUUGUGAACCCUAAAGACCACAGUAAACCCAUUCAGGAGGUGCUGAGGGAGUUGACUAAUGGUGGUGUUGACUUCUCUCUUGAAUGUGUGGGGAAUGUGGCAGUUAUGAGGGCUGCUUUGGAAGCGUGCAGUCCUGCAGGGGGAAUUUGUGUGAUUGUGGGCUGGAUUGAGGUGGAGGAACUUACUCUGGCCCCGUUGGACAUCCUUCUUGGAAGAACUUUGAAAGGCACCUAUUUUGGAGGUUGGAAGAGUGUUGAGGCAGUGCCCAGGCUGGUGCAGGACUAUAUGAGCGGACGGCUUCUGCUGGACGAGUUUGUGACACAAACACUGACUUUAGAUCAAGUUAACCAGGCCUUUGAUCUAAUGGUCUGUGGGGAAAGUAUUCGUACAGUGAUCAAGAUGUGACGUGGAGAUGACGGCCCUUCUCCUUCAAACAAAAGAUGCUCACACUAUCAGUCCUUUCCAUUGGUCUCUUAUGUUCCGCAUCAACAUUUUAUACUAUACAGGUCAAUGUCAUCUUAUUGCAUAAAAAUCUGUGCACAAUAAAAUUGUUACAUUUGGUUUGGUUGUCAUCAACUGCAUAAAGAGACUGGGGAUACAUUAAAGAGUAAAAUAUACCUUUCAUUGUUGCUUGACUAAACAUUAAGAGUGCAGUUGUUUAUGCUCCACACAGUCACACAGCAAACCACACGGACUGCAGUGU